AUCAGGUAAACAUCUGGUAACUUUGUCAGCAUGCACCGUUAGCUCUCAGGCUCAGGCUUAUCCAUGUUGAGAGCUCUAAAGAGACAAUUUAAACGAUCUCAAACUCAUAUGUUGCACCUUUAACAAACAGUUGGAUGACAGUCCAGUUUUGAAAUACCUGCACUUUAAGUGAGUAUUUGCAUUUUUGAUUAAUGAUUACUCUUCAACUUCUUGGCUGACUAUAGGCAAGUGUAUUUACCACCCUUCAACAACAAAUUUAAAGUAAUUUAGAUAGCCUAAGUUACAAAAAGCAAUAAAAGAAAGAGAAGACUUUAUACAAAGACACACACAAUGUGACUUUCCUCUUCGUAACAUAAAAAUAUUCAAACAUAUUUUAAAGAGAUAUGAUGUAUUGCUUUGAACCUACUCAACAGCACACAAGUAGCAGUAGCCUAACGUAGGUAUUUCUACAUGCCCUACAACAUUAAACGGAUGUUAGUCAACCUAUCAAAAUACCAUUAUAUAAUGUAAUAACUUCACUUUAGAUAGUUUGCUAAUAUAAUCACACUUUAAUAUAGGUAAACAAAUGGAAUGCAGAACUUUUUUCUACAGUUUCCUGAAACUACACCACACCACCACAGUUUUUUAUAAUUUAACUGUAACUCUAACUGUAAGUCAAACUAUAGCACCAGCAGCAGGCCUUUAGGUGUCAUGUGCCGAUCAGCCUGAUUCUUGAACUCCAGAGAAAUAUUAUAAAAAUUAUAAGGUACACUUUAACUUUAAUUUUUAAUCUACAGAUUCUCACUAUCAACAUUAUGAUGUGAGUAUAAUCUAUACUGCAUUCCCAAAGCCCCAUGAAAUAAUCCCAUCUCCCCACAGAGUACUUUACCUCCCUGACAUUACCACAUUAAACCUGAUCAUAAGAGCCUCUGUGAUGUUCGGGUCGUGUUUCCCGCAAUCAAACUGGUUCGGACUUUGUAGUGAAAUUCCAGUGGAUGGUUGUGUUUGUGGCGGUUUUGAAGCAGUUGCAGAUGUUCUGAAGUAUCCUGUUGAGCAUCCAGACACUCGGCUGAGCUGCAUGGAGGCUCAGGGAGGGCCAGGGAGCCCAGAGCCCAAUAAAGACAUCCAGAAGCUGCUGAAGCCCUACAGCUCAGGUGACCUAUCCAAGGAGUUGUUUCACUGCCCAGCAGGGGAGGAGGAUGAGGGCAGCCUGUCAGGGCACACCGCCAGCCUGCUGGACAUCACCGAGAAGAGACAACCACUGAGUAGUGUGUCCUCUCUGGAGGUGCACUUUGACCUCCUGGAUCUGACAGAGCUGACUGACAUGUCCGACCAGGAACUGGCUGAAGUUUUUGCUGACUCUGAUGAGGAGAACCACAACGAGUCCCCAGCAGAUAAUCACCAUCUGGAGGCUAAACCAACCGAACUACGACGGAUGCUCCAUGUGUUCACGAGCUAGUCGCUAACGGUGUCUGUCUGCUGAAGUCUGUUCAUUUUAAGAUGUGAACACUUGCAGGUGAGUUGGUAGUCUGGGGUGCAAUAGAAUAAUCACAUUGAAUCCUUUCUGUUAAAAUAAUAAAACAUAAAUAAGCUCCUUUAUAGAGGAAUGAUGGGAUUCAUAACAUUGGUUUAUUCAUGAAUUGAUUUCAUACACAAUGAAUGAAUCCAAGAGUAAUUACAUUCAGGUUUCUAUUUCAUAUCUGAUGCUUCAUUAAAUAACACAUUUUGCCAUGUUUUUAAUUCCCUUUAGUUCAGUUGUAAUAAUAUUGAUGGCUGAUGAUUUUGCAGCUUCUCAAAUGUAAGUUUGAAAAUAUUAAAACAUGUACGCCAAUGCAACCCAAAGAUCUGUACUGGCUUAAACAACAUGUCAGAUUUAUACUAAUAUAUGACAUACAGAAUUAUUUUAACCCAUGUUCCUAAAGCUGAGCAGACUAAAAUGUUGUAGCUUGUCCAUCCUUCCCAGCUGUGUUCUCCAACACCACCACACCCAGCUCCCUCAGGCUCUCGUUAAUCGCAGGCCACAGCUGCUUCUCAGUAGCCGGAUGCAGGACAUGCAACAGCCAAGAGGUUUUAAGUCCAAGGCCUCACAUCCGCUCCCCUGCUAAUCAAGAUGACGUCCUGCUGUCAGGAGACGUGCAGCUGUAUACCACUCUUAUGAUAAACAUUUUUUUUACACAGUAUCAGAUCUGUGAGGAAAAAACUACAAAUCUCAACCAGAAUGACAUGUUUGCACCCUCAGAUUGACACAUUCAGAGAAUCUGAACCUCACAAUGAGCAGGUUGUGUCGUUCCCUCUCGUAUUUUCACCUGCAAAAACGUGACUAAAAAUAGAUCAGCCAUCUAAGAAUGCGAUAAAGAUUUCUUCUUUAACCUUUUAACCUGAGAUGUAUCAUUUUGUGCAGGGCCGCUCCCUUCUACCUGUUUGCUGUAUCUGUCUCACACCCACCACAGACACACUACUCCUCUCCUUCACCCUCGCUCAGCUCGUCUUUAUCUUUAUCUUUCAUCUCUUUUUUCUAUCUCUGCCUCAGAUCCAGCUUUAACAGAGACGUUAUAAACGUACCUCUUCAUCAUGGCUAAUCAUUUCAUGUAAGCCAACUUUUAAGUUGUACUAUGUGGGUUUAUGUGUCCAUAAAGUCAUCAUUGGGUUCAUUGUGGGGGAGAAAGAGUUUGAUUUAAUUUCUAUGUGUCAGAGGUUGUGCUACAAAAGUGUUGAGCUGUGCUUUGUGAGCAUUAGUCUCUACAAAAAACUGCUGAGUAAGCGCAGGUGUGUUGAGUGCACCUAGGAGUUGAGGGAGAGGUUAAAGGAAGAUAAUAGAGAAAGAUGAGGAAGCCAGUUCAUGCUAAAUGUAGGUUAUUCUUGAAUAAUUCACUUCUCUCUGCUGGAAACACAGCCUGGUUCUUCAAAGCCAUUUAAACAGUAAUCAUAAUCCGAGUUAUCACACAAGUACAUUGUUUAUAGAUGCUUCUGUUUGUUUGUUUACUUUACUCUGCUGUGUGUCUCCUGUGUUCCUCUCUCUCACCGUCUGCUGUGUGGUCGCCUGAUUCAAGUUGCAUUGUUCAUGGACAGUUCAGAGUUAGUUAACAUUAUAAGUUGUGCUUCAUAGCGAGAUAGACGAGAACAUUCAGAACUUAGUGUUUCAUCAAGCGUCUCUUUCUUCAGCAGCCAGAGGCACAGAACAAAAGGUUUCCUCCUGUUGCUUUGGUUGUUGUUUUAUACUCAAAUAAGUCUCAUGAAAGACAGAGUUUACCCACUGAAAAACUACGACAGGCAUAUCUUUGGCCUCCUGUUCUUUGUCGUUGGAGCAGUAACACGGUUUUAACUGAUGACAUUGCGAACUAUGACAUAUUGUGUUUUUGUCUCGUGGACUUCUUUCAUAUUCAAAUAAUAUGAGCCGUGUUGUAGAAUGAGCUUUUUUUAUUUCUUUUUAUGGAUUUGGGCAAGUAGAUAGUAGACAUGCAAAGGGACGCAGUGAUGCAACAAAUACAGAACAGAAACAGAAAAUCAUCGUCCAUUCAUUCAGUUUUUAGACCAGCAAUGUCUCCCGAGAGGGUCGCAUCUCUGCCAGUUCAUGCUCAGUGUUUGUGGUGGAGGACAGAAACAAAACAAAGCAAACACCCUAACGCCGAAACAGGUGUUUCCAAUCUGCUGUCAAACACCUGCAUUAAUAUCAUUGCUCAAGGUGUAGCCACAUGGGACGCCUGUUGUACCGCUGCCCACGGGCAGUGGUUAUAUAUCAUUCAUCCUUUAAGACCAGAGCCGCUUCAGGCUGUUAAGCACAUUAUUGUUUUGUCAUAGAAUUACGAUGCAAAUAGAAUUAGUAUGCAGAAAUAAAAGUGUUGUUUCCUAUAAAUCGGUUGAAUGAGAAGGGCAUUGUCACACACUGUGCACAUGCACUUCCAUACACAAGUGUAACAGUUGUUUUCCCAGUGUUUCCUGUCUCUGAGAGAGGCUAGUGUCUCAUAAUCAUUACGUUUGGCAGCAACAUGCUGACUGAAGAAUCUAAUGGCGGCUUGCAGCACAGAAGGAAGACAGUGCAGCCCCCCCCCCCCCCCCCCCUGUAGCUUCAUGGCGCUUUCUGCAGCAGACUCCUGAGGACGUUGUUGUCCCCUCUCACUCAUUAAAAUCCAAGACGCCAUCAAUCUUCUGAGAUCAAUGCCUCCUGUGUAUCUCCCCCUUUCUCUCUCUUUCUUUUCGUCUCUCAGUAUCUUAUGUGUGUGUGUGUGUGUGUGUGUGGGGCGGGGGGGGGGGGGGGGGGUAUGGAUGUGGCUUUGGGGGGAUGUACAAACCAUACGUAGUUUGACCUUCACUUAAGAGAUCUAGCAUGUGACCGAUACAGGCAGUGCCAGGCAAAGCAUGGUCCAGCUCUCCAUCAGUCUUUACGCCUCUUGCCUUUGUGUCCUCUGACAGGUUGGACAUCACCACCAAGUGGUACAAAGAGGCAAUGGCAACGGAUCUGAAAAACAAUCUAUGGUUGGCAAAAUUGAAUAAAAUAGCAAAAUAAAUAAUUGCUUUGAGAUUAUUAUAUUUAGGAAAUACUUUAUUACUUGUAUAUACAAAUAUAAAGCAACGUUUUGUGUGAUUAAUGCUCUUGCAGAUCAUUUCCGAUCUCUUAAAUAGUUUCUUAUCCCAUCUUAGCUGGUCAUCAUCUCACUUUACAUGGAAGAAUCCUUAAAAAUGUAAUCAGUGUGAUCCCAGUGCCAUCCCAUCUUGAAUGAACAACAAUCUGUGGCCUGUGCAGAAAUGGCUGGUAUAUAUGUGUGAAUGCAGGUAUGCAAUAGGCUGUAUAGGCUUUUAAUGGCUGAGAGGAAAGCAACCGUAUCGAGCACAAAUGAUGUUGCAUUCAAAUAGUUGAGCUCUGGAAAUAGUUCGAGAGGUUUCUGUACCGACGCCAAUAAACAUCAAAACAAUUGUAUUUCAAGUUUAAAGUGAUUUCCUUUUGUCUGUUUCCAUUUUUAUAUCUACCAAGACUCUGUAUUCCUGUUGUUUACAAGUCAUGGUGUGU